AUGAGCACUGAGAAGAAAUCUGCGAAAAAUGUAUCUUCCAUAGAUGCCAUGAAAAAUGGGUUCAUUGUACUACCGUUCAAGUUACCAGAAGAGAGCUCAUUAAAAGGUAUUGCUGAGAGAUCGUUCCACUACAUAUUUGCCAGGAAACAUCAAACAAAACUAGACGAAGAGAAAAAUUGCUUGUUUUUGGUUAACUUACCAUUGUUAGCCAAUCUUGAUAGUCUCAAGAAAGCAUUCAACAACAUACUUGAGAGAGACAACUCAGUAGCACACAUUGAACAGCUACUACAUAACGAUGAGUUUGGUCUACGUGAGGUCGAUUUGUCGCCAUUAACUUCUGAUUUGAUGUCAUCGGAAGAUAGUAACAAAGAAAGAUUCACUCCAAGAAACACUGCAUUGCUGAAAUUUGUCGAUGAGGCAAGUCUGAAUAACUGUUGGUCCUCCAUCAAGAAAUAUAGCACUAACUCGCACAAAAAAUCAAAUUACAUCACAUGGGAGUACAGUUCACCUUCAAUUUCUACAUUUACAAAUUUUUACAAGCCAUUAAGCAUUGAUUACCUUAAGGAGGAUAUUCAUUCAUACAUGUCAGUAUUUGAAGAAAGGGAAAGACAAGCUCAAGGAGAUAUACAAACAUCCAUUGUGGAUGAAGACGGCUUCACUCUGGUAGUGGGUAAGAAUACAAAAUCUCUAAACUCUAUUAAGAAGAAGAUUCUGAAUAGGAAUCCACUAUCAAAGCACGAGAAUAAAGUAAAACCACCAUCUGCGGUUGAUAAGAAAGCAAAACAAGAUUUCUAUAGAUUUCAAGUCAGAGAGCGUAAGAAGCAAGAAAUUAACGAACUUCUUUCGAAAUUUAAAGAAGAUCAAGCUAAGAUUAAAGUUAUGAAAGAUAAAAAGAAAUUCAACCCAUAUGCUCAAUGA